AUGGACGAAGCAUCGUGGGAGCUGGAGAAGGCAGAGCUUGACGCCAGCCGUUCCCGCCAGGGUGUUGACCAGGGAAGCCAGGCUGCUCGCUCCAGCUCUGUCUCCUCGUCCGAUUCUUUCUCCAGCAGUUCCUCCUCCGAGCUCCAGGACGGUCCGCACAUGAGAGAGAUCCAGACUUCAGAGAUCCAAUCUUCAUACGACCUGGAGCGACAUCCCACAGCCCUCAGCCGCAUCGCAACCCAGCGAAGCCAGCACAGCGGGACUGUUGGCGCCGGUCUUAAGACCCGCGUCUCGAAGAAGCCUCUGCCACCAUUUGGGGCUGGCAAGCCCUACCCUCCGCCGCUGCCAGAGAAGGAGGCCUAUGUCGUCGAAUUCGACGGGCCUGAUGACCCUCUACACCCCCAGAAUUGGUCGUUGAAGAAAAAGUUUUUUACGAGCGUCAUGCUCUCAUACACGACGUUGGUCUCGACCUUUACCAGCAGCAUCUUCUCCACCGCUACCACCAAUGUCGCAGCUAUCUACCAUGUUUCGAACGAGGUCGCGCUGCUCGGCCUUUCUCUCUACGUCCUUGGCUUUGCAACUGGGCCGAUCUGCUGGGCGCCCCUGUCGGAGCUGCGCGGUCGAAGGUUACCUAUCCUCCUCAGUAUGUUUGGCUUCACCGUCUUCCAGUUUGCCGUGGCCACGGCCAAAGACCUGCAAACGAUCAUGCUCUGUCGUUUCUUUGGGGGUUUCUUUGGCGCGUGUCCAAUCGCAGUUGUUGCUGCCGUCUUUUCCGACAUUUUCGACAACCGCCUUCGAGGUCUAGCCAUCACCGUUUUCUCCAUGACCGUCUUCAUGGGACCGCUCUUUGCACCUUUUGUAGGUGGAUUCAUCGUGGACAGUUAUCUCGGCUGGCGCUGGACGGAGUACAUUACUGGGAUCAUGGGUGCCCUGGCAUUGGUCCUCGACCUUUUCUUCUUUCAUGAAACUUAUCCCCCGGUCGUCUUGAUUGAGAAAGCUGCCGAGCUGCGACGCCGGACCAAGAACUGGGGCAUCCACGCCAAGCAGGAGGAGAUCGAAAUUGAUUUUGGAGAAUUGAUCCAGAAGAAUUUUAGCCGGCCCCUCAGAAUCCUAGUGACCGAGCCUAUUGUCCUCCUCCUGAGUAUCUACAUGGCUUUCAUAUAUGGACUCCUCUAUCUUUUCAUGACCGCAUAUCCCAUAGUUUUCCAACAGAUUCACGGCUUUAAUAAAGGUGUCGGCGGUCUCCCAUAUUUUGGCAUGGUCGUCGGCCAGCUGCUGGGGGGUUUGUUCAUCAUCUUGCAGCAACCUCAAUACAAUAGAAAACUCCAAGCCAACAAUGACAUACCUGUUCCAGAGUGGCGUUUACCUCCCGCCAUCAUUGGAGGUGUUGCCUUUGCUGGGGGCCUCUUCUGGUUUGGCUGGGCGGGAUACAAAGCGUCGAUCCACUGGAUUGUUCCUACUCUGUCUGGUCUUUUGACCGGUUUUGGUCUUCUGGCAAUUUUUCUGCAAUCUCUGAAUUAUAUCGUGGACGCGUAUUUGCUCUUUGCUGCCUCUGCCGUUGCUGCAAACACAUUUCUGCGGUCCAUGGCGGGAGCAGGGUUCCCCCUCUUCUCGCAAUACAUGUUCCACGGACUGGGUGUCAAUUGGGCCGGCACCUUACUUGGUUGUGUCGCCUCUCUUCUGGUUCCUAUUCCGGUAAUGUUCUACUUCUACGGUCCUAAGCUGCGUGCAAAGAGCAAAUUUGCGCCCGCCUUCUUUCCUGCCGUGCAGGCAAGCGAAGAUGAACGUGACCGUCAAGAUGAACGUGAUCACCAAGAAUAG